CCCCGCCCAGGCACCUCAUCUGGAGGAUGGAAUCGAAUGCUGCUUGCUCGCUGCUUGCUCCGUCCGUCUGCUGCCGCGGCCCUGCAGUGCCUGGAGUGCUUGGGGUUCAGUCAGUGUGGGCUAGGUUUGGCCUGGCGCUCCCGUCCCCGUCGCUGGUGCUCUCUCCUGCGUGGGUGUGUGGUGCUGGGUUGGGCCAGAUGAAUGUGGUGUGGAAAUUUGAACAAGUAAAUUCCCCUGAACGAAAGCACAGAGCUCCACGACGGGUCCCCCGUCCACUCACCACUGCAGUUCCAUCCCCCGUCUGCCUCUCGCUCCCACCCGUCCACUGUCAACACCAACCUAAUUUCGAUUCCCAUUCACGACCACCACCAUACCCGUACACCACGCAUCCCGCCUGACGCUCUUUUUCUCCAAUUGCCGGUGCUUCUUCUCGCCGUUACAGCAACGGGAUCGUGACUUAAUCCUCUACCCAUAAUUAUCUCCCAGUUUCGUGUUUCGCCCAGCUGAAGAUGGCCCCUGCCACUACCGAGAGCGCCUCACCGAUUGGCAUUGCCAAUCUGCCCAACCAGCGACACAAGAUUGUUGCUAAGAGAGGCGCUGCUUUUACUAUUAUGGUUGCUGGCGAGUCCGGCCUCGGCAAGACCACCUUCAUCAACACGCUGUUCUCCACGACCAUCAAGAACUAUGCCGACCACAAGAGGCGCCACCAGAAGCAGGUCGACAAGACCGUCGAGAUCGAAAUCACAAAGGCUGAGCUCGAGGAGAAGUUCUUCAAGGUUCGCCUGACUGUUAUCGACACCCCCGGCUUUGGUGACUACGUCAACAACCGCGACUCGUGGAUGCCCAUUAUCGAAUUCCUCGACGACCAGCACGAGUCCUACAUGCUCCAGGAGCAACAACCCCGCCGUCAGGACAAGAUUGAUCUCCGUGUCCACGCCUGCUUGUACUUCAUCCGCCCCACCGGCCACACGCUUAAGCCCCUAGAUAUCGAGGUCAUGAAGAGACUCUGCUCUCGCGUCAACCUCAUUCCCGUUAUUGCCAAGGCCGACACUCUCAGCCCUGCCGACCUGGCGAGGUUCAAGUCCAGGAUCCGUGCCGUCAUCGAAGCUCAGGGUAUCAAGAUCUACCAGCCACCUAUUGAGGAGGAUGACGAGGCUGCCGCACAACACGCACGCAGCUUGAUGGCCGCUAUGCCCUUUGCCGUUAUCGGCUCCGAGAAGGAUGUUAAGACCAGCGAUGGACGUAUUGUCAAGGGCCGUCAAUACUCGUGGGGUGUGGCCGAAGUCGAGAACGAGGAACACUGCGACUUCAAGAAGCUCCGUUCGAUUCUUAUCCGCACCCACAUGUUGGACCUUAUCCACACAACAGAGGAGCUGCACUACGAGGCUUACCGCGCCCAGCAAAUGGAGACCCGCAAGUUCGGCGAGGCUCGCCCAAGGAAGCUCGACAACCCCAAGUUCAAGGAGGAGGAGGAGGCUCUCCGCAAGCGCUUCACAGAACAGGUCAAGAUCGAGGAGCAGCGUUUCAGGCAGUGGGAGCAAAAGCUCAUUGCCGAGCGCGACCGUCUCAACAAGGACCUUGAACAGACCCACGCCCAGAUCAAGUCCCUCGAGAUGGAACUCGAGUCUCUGCAGGGAAAUGCCGUUCGCAGCCACGGUCGCCGCUAAGCGGUUAUCACGGCUUUUGCGGUAUCCUCUACAAGGGUGACCACCGUCUCCCGUUCUAUCGAGCAUUAAUGUACCUGCGCCUCGAUUUUUUUCGACAUGUUUACGUGAAGACGAACUGGGCGACUUACAUACCUUGAAAGACGAUGUUCAUGGAUAUGCUGCGGUUUGGUAGGAUGGCGCGGUCAUCGAUCGAGGCUUGUUAUAGAAGGGGAGGCUCCUCAUGUUUUUAUACACUUGCCCGGGUUUCCCUCAUCUUCUCACAGACCCUUUCUGCAUAGCCCGAAUCGCGCAGGGAGGCCCAGGAGAUGGGGAUGAAAAGUUACAGAUAUUUGGAAGAUUUCGAGCGGCAACUGACAUUUUACCACACCCUUUACACUUAACUUUACCCCAUCACGCCAGUUUUUUUUUUUCUGUCCGUCUUAGCUACGAUGUAAUUCUGAUAGCAACCCCCCUUUCAAUGAUACCAAAUAAUGAGAAAGGCUACCACUUUUGAGUACAAG